ACAGCAGCGAGAAAAACACACAUACACACCGAAACACACACGUCAGCGGACUAACGGCACAGACCAACGCGAAGGGUUUAAUAUAUAGUCUCUUUAUUCCGGGAGCUUCUCUUUUUACUCAGAUAAGGCAAGUAAAACACUUUCCCCCAAUUACAACGCUUUAAAAGCUUAUGCUAACGUUAUAGGAAAAUAUGAUUAGUUUUGGUGAAAUAACCAGCUAGUAAGCCUAAUAUCUUUAUUUCCAGAUUUAUUCGUUGGUAUAAUAUCAUGUAAUGUGUCAGUUGUUAGUCUAAAUUGAUGAACUUGGUGAACUUGGCGAGUUUAACCAAAUAUGGUUGUUAGCUGAUGCUAGCAUGUUAGCUAGUAAAAUUAGCCUGUUGUUCCUUUCAACUUAAAAGCUGAAAUAUGAUACGAAAACGGCAGAUUUAUGUUUAAACACGCUUAUUUUAUUCGUAACGCGCUAUUUGCUUCGCAUUUAAACUGAUUUUGUCCUUCAAGAUUGCUGAGAUGAAAAAUAAGAUCGUUUAUUGCAGGUAGUGUUUACUCCGAUACAGUUAAUUGGUUGUUUAUGUAUUAAUAUCGUUAUUCGAGUAAUUUACUCUCUAUUGUAAUGUUUUCGGUUUUAUUUGGUGUCGUUUCGUGUAUCGAUCGAGAUGUUAUACAGGAAACUCAAAGCCCAGCUAGUUUGUGUAUCUUUAUCACUGAGUGAAUGAAUAAACGUCUUUAAAAAUAAUUUUCCCGCAGUUUGUUCUUCAAUAUUUUGACUGAUUUGUUGCGAAUUGACGUUCUGGUGAUGGAUCAUUGAGCUUUUUUUAUUAUUAAGGUUUGUACUUGGGCUCAAACAGGAAGAGUGUUUGAAACAAAGGAGAACACAAAGCAUAUUCACCCUGACCCAGAUAUAAAGUAGAUAAACAAGGACAUUACCAUCCAUCCAAACUCAUUCAUCAUCACAAACCCCUCACACUGAACACCACACACAGUUUGAGGGCAGCAGCUGUUGUGUUGAGUGUUUUUUGUGCUUUAUAUGCCAGCGUGUGUUUGUUAGCCGUCAUGCUAGUGUUAGCAUGACUCAGUGGAUUUCAUUAUGAGGCCUCAAACGCUGAUAUAGCUCUAUAUAUAACGUUUAAAAGUACACGUACUGUGUGAAUAACACACACACACACCGUGUUUGCAUUGUAAAGGGCACUAUUAGACUUUGUAUAAACUACAUGUCGUUUAAAUGCUUCAUAUCUUGGUGCAUUGAGACACGUGAGCAUUGAGUGAUCGGUUUUCUGCUGUCUUUCUCCAUUUAUGGUGUCUUUUGAGCUUAAUGGUUUGCUUUUGUUCAAAUAUUUGACUUGGGUUAUCUCUCAUGUCUUUGUUUUGCCCUAUAUGCCAUUUAUUUGUUGUCAUCCCGACAGGGAUAAAUGGACCUAGAUGGCCAACACACUUGGGAAUCGGCUGAAAAAACAGCCCUCUUGGGGCUUUGCCAUUUUUGGCUUUAUCAAAAUAUAUAAGGCCAUGCAUAGGGAGGAGAGUGCUAUGCAAACCAGGUCCAACUAGAGAUGUCUGUGAUGUAAUGGAGGCAGGUCAGGACUAUGGGGGGGUAUUUAUAGUCGGGACACACUGCUGUUCGCAUGGUGGAGGCUCUUCAGGACAACAUGUCACAUUGCACCCUUGUGACGGAUGAAAACUAAUCCAGCCGCCCGUGUGAGCAAGUGCGAAGGGCAGCAGGCUCACACGCACGUGAUGCGGGCCAUGUGGUGGCUUUUCAGGGGAAAACCUCUGAUGCCAAAAGGCGGAGGUGAAAUGCUGCAAUCUUGUUUACUUGGAGACGAGAGGCCCCCCGAAACCCCGGGGGCCCUCGCCGACAUGUCACUCCUGACAGAUUUCAGGUUCAUUGCUCGAAAGCGUCUGCAGUCCAUGUUUCCGCUCCAGGGGCUUUGAUGGGGAUUGUGUUUGCUGCUGUAAUCGGUCUCUGCUUGAACAGAAUGUUCCAGCUGUUCCACGUACAGAUAUAUUUACAUCUCACACUGCUAGUCAGCAUUUACCCUUCAACACAACUUAGUUGUACUUCAUCUGCCUAGUAGGGUCGUCACAAUACUUACGUUUCAGUAGUUCACGCCAGUGCAGUUGGUAUUGACAAUUAUUUUGAUACAGCAGCAAAAAUGUUAAACACCAUUGAAAAGUUGACUAUUAAUAUAAAUGGAUAGUUAUGCAUAUUGUGACUGUGAACCCGAGGGGGGUGAUAUGACCCAAAUCUUAUUUUUAUCAAGCAGCGCUUUAAGUUUUUAAUGUACUGCAAGGUCUAUUUAAACGGUAGCUAGUUGUCAAGCAUAAUUGUCACUGUAUGGGGAUUUUUGUUGCUUUAUCACUGUAACAUGUCAGUAACUGCUGCGCAGCUUAAAACUGCUUAUUUACAUAUUGCGACAUAUUAGGUAUGGCAAAAUAUCUUAAUGAUUGAUACUUUUUGUUGCCAUGAUGACAUAUUGUCGUCAUCGCCAAGCCCUAAUCAAUUUCAAGAUUUUAGGUCAUGCUCUAUGGGGGAGUGCCAUGAAUUUUAACUUUGUUUUAGUCUUUUAGGUUUUUUUUGUUUUGUUUUUCUCUCUCUCUCUCUCUCUCCAUCCAUUUUUUUUUUUUUUUUUUUUUUUUUUUUGCUCUAAUGAUGAGGUGUUACGCAAAGUACAGAGCCCCUAAAGGGACUUGAAGGAAAAAAACGAAAUGGAGGAAAGUGUGGGGUUUUUUUGGGCGGUGGGGGGGGAUUGGGGGCUGGAUUGUCAAUGCUGUUGCAUUCUCUCGCAAAUGUUUCUCGAGGAAACGCAAAACAUUUUGUGGGUGAAUGCAGAGUUACUCGAGGGAACGAAAACAUUUGCGAGAGUGCAAAAUCAUUGAGUUUUGUUUUUUUUUCACCCCAUCUCAUUUUUUUUUUUUUUUUCCCACCACCUCAUUUUUUCCCACCACCAUGUGGUGGCCCUCUAAGGGCUCCGUAGCGAAGUAAUCAUAAAACAAUUCGGAAAGUUCUGUUUAAAACGGUACAGUGUUUUCUCACAAUGUUUUUGGAAUUUAUGGUGUCGUAGUAUGUUAACUACUAUCUAAAUAUUAUUGAAUUACAACAGUGGCAUGUAGACAAUACUGUUGUAAACAGUCAGUAAUGAAUAAGAAAGGAACAGAAUCAGUAGAACAAAUAAAAACAAAAAAAAGUGAAUAUGGAAACUUUUUCCUUCAUUUUUCAUUUCACAGCAGUAUCAAACAUUGAGAAAUUCUGAAGAUGUUUACCAAGAAACUACAAAAAUGGCAAACAACCUAUGACAGUGGUCCUUAACCAGGGGCUCCUAUUAGUCUUAAUGACUUGAAUGUAAUUAAAAUGCUUUUAAAAACUCAAAAUAAAGAUGCACAACAUUAAACUGGCUCUGAUUUAUAAAACGAUUGUAUGCUUGGAUUUGAUCCUAAAUACUAUGGAUUUUAUCAUGUCAAUAUUGAGGAACAUCAAUAUUUAUAAAGACAGAAAGUGACGUGAAAAUGUUCUUAUGCGUAUGACAAAUUAAGAGCAUGCAUAGCAUACAUGUUGGUAUUCAUAUAUCAGCAAAUCGGUUAAAUCAUAUGAAAAUGUUAAGAUAAAUAGGCAGUCACAAUAUGCAUUAAUAUAAUUAUAUGUGCAAAUGAGCAAUGUGUUAACUGAUUUUUAGAGGAUCAUAAAACCCUAAAACAUUUUUUUUUUUUUUUUAACAGAUAGAUGACUGUUUCAGCGCUAUUUGUUCACCACUGCCUGUUCAGCUUUGCGUUGUCAUAACUAGCCGUUUCCUCAAUACAGUAACACAAAAGUGUUGUUUGCAUUUUCGCCACAAUGCGGUCAGAGCUAGAGUUUGACUACCAACACAUUAAAAAUAUGACUAACUAUUUAGUAACACACGGCGCGCCGCGAUGUGUUUAACGCUCGCAACACGGAUCAUAUUUUAUAUCUGGACCAAAGAAAUAUGGACACAUUUCAUAUACUGCAGUGUUCUAAACAUGAACCAGCUCUGCCAAUGCGCAUAUUUCAUAGUGUCUUCUUUAAAUUAAAUGCAUAUGUGCAAAUAAGAACACUGAUACAGCGGUACGUCUGAUCAUGAAGCCGAUGACAUGAUGAGUAGUUCUGAUACCCACAAGACAAUGAUGUAGACCGAAAAUUCAAAGAAGAAUGGACAAAAAAAAAAAGAAUCACCCACUUUCAGAGAGAGAUGGCCCAGGAGACCAAUCAAAGCCCCGUGCCCAUGCUCUGUGCCACCGGCUGUGGUUUCUAUGGCAACCCUCGGACCAAUGGCAUGUGCUCGGUCUGUUACAAAGAACAUUUAACAAGACAAAACAAUGGGGGCGUCAGUCCUAUUAGCACAAUGGGAGCUUCUAGCAGUGUCAGUAGUCCUACCUCUGAAGCCUCAGCCAUCCAGAUCAUUGAAGCUACACUAAACAACUCUUCUGCUGCUAACGCUGAGUCACCCAACAGCACCACCGCUGCCACUGCUGCCCUUCCAGUUACACAACAGAUGACGGAGAUGAGCAUUUCCUGUGACGACGAGGUGGUCUCGCCAAAAGUAGAAGUUCCUGAACCAGUCGUCACUCAGCCAACAGCGUCCGCCGCACCUCCGAGCACAGCUGACGGGGAAGAGGCCAAGACACCCGAAGCCCCCAAACCCAAGAAGAACAGAUGCUUCAUGUGCCGCAAGAAGGUCGGCCUGACAGGGUUCGACUGCCGCUGUGGGAAUCUCUUCUGUGGACUUCAUCGCUACUCGGACAAGCACAACUGCCCCUACGACUACAAGGCGGAGGCUGCCGCCAAGAUCCGCAAGGAGAACCCCGUCGUGGUCGCCGAUAAGAUUCAGAGAAUAUAAGCCUCUCGCCGUCUUCACCUCGAUUUUGCGAGAGAUCAGAUAAAAGGACUCGCACUUUGACCUGUGAUUCUAAAGACUAUUUUUUUUUAAUUACAGUAUGGGAAAGAAUCUUGUUUCUAAGCCAAUGCAUGAGUGAUCACUUUGUUUCCAUCUUUCUUUUGCUUUCUGUUGUUGGUAUAUGAGCUUCAAGAUAAAACAAAUGAAGGGGAAAAAAGAACAAAAAAAAUGUCUAUAAAAGGUAUGAAGCCAGAGACAUUUGCCUAACAUGUCUGUUUCUGAGUAUCCUGGAAUCUGAUUCUUGUGUUAAAGGCUGACUGUCCGUCGUGAUCGUUAUUAGUUUACUUUGUGAUCGUGUCUCCUGGUUGGUCUCAUGACGCAGGACUCUCUGAAGACUGUUACCGCUCUGACCCGAGCGCCGUCAGAGCAACAGUGCAUGGCUGGCUCAUGUAGCAAAUGGACGCUCUUCUGUUUCCUCCGGGUCGAACGUUUCGCCCUCCCGUUAAGAGUCAGCCUUUUCAACAUUUAUCAUCCACUUUUCUGCUUGAGCAUCAGACUACGUCAAUUAUUGAGCUUUUGGAGUGAUGCUGUUUUUUUUUUUUUUUUUUUUUUUUCUUUCAUGUUAAAAAAAAUUUGUUUUCAUUGACAGACUUUGUGAAAAAUAUAUAAUCCUGUCCGGAUGGUUUAAUGCAGCCAGACCAGAAUACUUCAUGAUCAGUUGAGCAAUUUGCAUCUAUGAUGCCACGGUGUCAACUAUGGAUGGGGUUGGACAUGGCAACUAACACACAACUCUAUUGAUUCUCUCACAUGAUCCUUUAAGUCAUUUAAGUGAUUUCUUUUUUUUUUUUUUUCUCAUUUUGUUGUAAUGUGACACCAAUUUAUGAAAACGUGGUUCCUGGGCUUGUUCAGAGAGUUGAACUUUAAGUGGGUGUUUUGCAUGGUUAGUGAAAUGAGUAUUUUACAGUUGACAGCAUACUAGAAGUCCAUUUCUUUUUUUCCUCUAAUUCACCUUUCUUGUGUGUGAUUGAUCUAUUCAGUGGGUAUUGAGUGUUAAAUUCAGGUAAGAAAUUAAUGGUAUUGUUUAGUGUCAUUUAAUCAGCCCUUCGAGUGUGCUUGUGUGUUGUGAGUCAGUGUGAGUAUGCGACUAGUCUACUCCGUGAACGCCAUCUUUUAAUCUGAGGCUCAGUCCGUUUCCUGUUUUUGGGUCUGGCUGCACAGCGCUGUUGUUUUAUUUUAGAGCUUUGUCAGUUUACACCGUAAAACUAACCAUUUGUUCUGAUUUGAUUUUAGUUAUGCAAGUUGUACAAACCAUCUUUAUUUAUUAUAUGUAUUGCGCAUAUAAUCUUGUUAUCCGACAUUACUGCGAAAUUGUAUCAUGUAAAUAAAAUUAUGUACAGAGAUAUCAUUAAAA